UCGAGGUACUUGGGCAGCUCCUACAGAAGGAGACUGCUGUUCGAAGGGAGAUUCAGCGACUGGCGAGAGAGAAGAACGAGUUGAAUGGCUAGUGGAGGCGACAAUGGUAAUGGUGGUGGCAACAGUGGUGGAGGUAACUGGAACGGUGGAGGAACCAAUAACAGAAACGGGAAUGGAGGAAACUGGGGAGGAGGAAACAAUGGGGGAUGGAACAACGGAAACGGCGGAGGAAACGGAGGGGGAGGAAACUGGGGCGGUGGAAAUAACGGAGGAGGAGGUAAUGGAAAUGGGAACAACGGGAACUGGAAUAGCGGGAACGGCGGGAAUUGGAACAAUGGCGGAUGCUCAAACAACGACAACGGAGGGAAUAAUGGCGACUGGAGAAGAACAUCCGUCUUCUACCGCCAGGCAAACGCUAUCGGCAUCAGCAAAGAUCUAGAGGAGUCGCUGAAAGCAGUGUGUCAGUUCUCGCAGAGACAGAUCGAGAUUGAGGAGCGCCGUGAGACUGAAAGACGGGAGGCGGAGGAACGUAGGAAACAUCAGGAGGAGGAACGAGGUGCGAGAGAAGAAAAGAACCGAGUGGAGUUAGAGAAAAAGAAAGCUAAGGAGAAGAAGGAAGCCGAUCGCGAGUGGAAGCUACAUAUCCUACUAGCAAAACAGAAGGAAGCAUUAAGGGAAGAGUUUGAGAGAAUGUUUGACAAGAAGCUGCGAAAGGCAGUCGUAUAUGAAAAGGCCGUGAAAGGGAAAGCACCAAUAUCGUUCAGCUCGGAAGAAGAAGACGAGGAUCCUCCGGAAGACCGCCUGGAGAAACGUAAGAGACAACCGGUUGUGCUGCGCCAAGCCAGCCCACCUACCGAGUCACCUACGAAGAUGGGCAGAGCUACUACGUCGGCACCCCCGACUACUCCUGCUCAGCCGAGUGAAUCUCCUCGUUUGAGAGCUCCUCAGCAGCAGCCGCGGAAGGAUGGUGUACAGCUGGGCUACCCCUAUCAGAAAUCCAGUCUGUGGGAGGGAGCGCCUACCGCCGAAGACUUCAGUACCACAAAUGCCUUCCGGAAGGCGAUCCGAAAAUUCUUGGGAAAAAAGUUAGUUGCGACAAUUCAGGAGAUGUGCAGGGAAGCUGGAGUGGCAUAUCGCGGACAGCCAAACGCUGUCGAAGAACUGAUUGAAUUAAGAGUUAUGUAUUUCAGCAUAGAGGCGAACCACCAGCCACCGCGCGUCACGACUCCGACUCAGAGACCCCGCGGCGGCGGGAUCGUCAUUAGGGAGGUGUGGGAAACCCAACCCGAGUCCGUGAACCGCCAGUUCCGGACCAGGAUAUGACUCCAGGGAGUUUCGACCUACAAAGAGAGUAACUUAUGGAGUGAGCUGAGGAAUGCCAUCGAACUCCGAAGAUCGCUAGUGAAUGAGAAUGCAGUAGGAAUCAAACGAUUACGCUUGA